GCCGCACUAUGCUCAAUGCUGCCGAGAAAGCUCUUCGCAAGCUCGUCAGGGAGCAGCAAGGGCUCAACCCGUCGCAGGUCACCGAGCUCGACGGUGUUCCCUCGUCGACCGAGUUCGCUCGUUUUGUCGCCGGCAACCGGCCGGUCGUGAUGCGCGGCGCAGGUCGACAGCUUCAAGUUCCGGCACUCGACCGCUGGACGGACGACUACCUCGUCGAGACGCUUGCCGAGCGCGAGCUCGAGAUUUCUGCGACCCCGCACGGAAACGCCGACGCGAUCGUCGACGGCGCGUUUGUCGAGCCUGCAAACGCCAAGAUGCCGCUGUCGACGCUGCUCGACCGCCUGUACGAGGAGCAAGACGUUGUCGAGGCGACGACGCCUGUCUUCUACCUUCAGUCGCAGAACGGCAACCUUGCAGGCGAGUACGCGCCGCUGCAGGACGACGUUCUGCCAGACGGUCCAGCUUUCGCUCGCGAGGUCUUCGGACAAGCGCCCGACGUCGCCAACAUCUGGGUCGGCGGCCGUCGCAGCAAAACGUCCUUGCACAAGGACCCGUACGAGAACCUCUACCUCGUCGUGCGAGGGAGCAAGACGUUCACGCUUUUCCCGCCGAGCGAGGCGUUCUGCAUGCACGAGCAGCCGUUCCCGCACGCAACCUACGUCUUCGACCCGUCGACGUCGUCCUUCUCGAUCCGCCGCACGGACCCUCCCCUCUCGCUCCCCUGGAUCCCGAUCGACCUCGACUCGCCGUCGCUCUCGGCGCACCCUCGGUUCGCCCUCGCGCGCCCACUGCGCGUCACGCUCGCGCCGGGCGACAUGCUGUACCUGCCCGCGCUGUGGUUCCACCGUGUCGAGCAGGACGUCGGGCUCGGACCUCCUCGAGCGGCGGCAGAAGCGGGAGCGGCGCGAGGAGGACGAGAGGGGGUCAAGGCGGCGAUUGCGGUCAACUGGUGGUUCGAUAUGGACUACGGUGCGCCGGUGUGGGGCCUGCACGCUCUCGUGCGGCGGCUCACAAUGGCGCUCGACGGGCAGGAGGACGACGAGCCGGACAGCGGUGACGAGGACGAGCUGUAGAGCCGACUGCAACCUUCGAGACUUCCUCGGG